AUGUCGCCCAUCGUCCACGUCGUCUUCUUCCAAUUCAGGCCGGAGCUCACAGUCACGGAGCGCCAAGAGCUGUGUGACCAAAUGUUGGAGCUCAAGAACAGCUGUCUGCACCCGCGGUCGGAGAAGCCAUACAUCCAGUCAUCGGUGGGCGGCUUGGACAAGAGCAUCGAAGGGGCGCAGGGCGGCAUCACGCACGCGUUUGUGGUCCAGUUUGCCAGCCAGGAAGACCGCGAUUAUUACGUGCAGGAGGACCCGGCACACCAGGCCUUUGUAGAGGUCAUGGUGCCCAAGCUCGUCAAGGCGCAGAUCAUCGACUUUAGUCCGGGUGACUUCAUGCCCUGA